AUGGCUUCGAGUCUUAUUGGAAUAUCUGUCAUUAUAACUCUCAAAAACCCGCCUAAUACCCUCCUGACAGGCAUCGUCGCAGCAGUAAAUCCUCAGACCUCAACCUUGACACUUCAGGAUGUCUUCGUCCCAGCGACGGGUCAUCGGCUUCCCUCCUGCAACGUAGAGGGGCACGCGAUUGCUGACAUUAAAGUCGAUUCACCUCCUCCUGCGCCCGUCCCUCAUCCAGAACCAAACCACCCUCCGCAGCUUCACAACCAGCCGUCCUACCCUCAAUAUCACCAGCAUGUGCCGUCAGCCACCCCACAAUCCCGGCAACCGCCAGAGCCAUUUGUCGACCCUGCCAUUCUCAGCAUGAGCAAGAGGACCUCAGUGGCCCCGCCGUCGAACCAACCUGUCGCAUCUGUACCCCAAGAAGCACCAGCUACUCCGAUAAAACCAAUCUCGACCGCUACUGCUGCUCCCUUACCAUCAAAUACAUCUCCUUUCGUGGGACUAGCCAAAGAGCGCACCAUAAGGAAACCAAGUGCAGCAACGCUUGAAGGGCCAUUCUCAUCACUUGAUAUCGCUGAUGCUGGUGAGCCAGAUACCGACGACAUCAAAGGUCAGGAGAUAUCCGCUCGAAGAGCCAGCGUUACUAAGACUAGAACUGGAAAGCCAAUGGAAGACUCAAAUACGCCAUCCCGAAAAGCAGAGGAUGUCACAGUGAAGAAUGAGGAGUCAUGGAAGCGCACAAGACGUGGAGGCAAGGCACGAAGAAAAGAAGUUGCUGCGCAGGAGAGGCGCAAUGGUGCAGAUGUCAACUCUUCACCCGAAACUGCUCGCAAAAAGAAGGGGACUGGGUGGCGAGAGACGCCUAUCCUUCAAGAUCCAGAGCAGCAACAAGUUAGAACUCCCGGCGUCAUUGGUGGGAAAGUCGGGAUGGAAGCAGUACAUUCAGCAAAUCGUAAAUCAAGACGCCAAAGAGCGCUUGAAGCUAAGAAUGGGUGGGCCACUGAAGAUGCAACUGACAUUCAAGAACUCCCUGAAUUUGAUUUUGCCGAGAAUCUUUCGAAAUUUGAUAAACGUUCAGUUUUUGACCAGAUUAGGAAUGAGGACACGACUGCGGAUGAAGACCGGCUUGUUAGUUUCAAUCGCUUGGCCAGGCCAGGCACUCAGGGAGGAAAGAACCUACACCCGACAGAGAAUGUUCUUGAUAGCCGGCGUCUUAAGAGCGCAUCGAAUACCAGCACUGAGGAAGACUUAUCUGAUUUCGGAAGCGGACGCAAUUCCCGGCGAGCAAUGUCCCGCGCCUCGAUCAAGCGGAUCCCGACUCGACAAGGAAGUGGCGUUCAUGCGGAUCCAACUGCACCACAAUCGUGUUUUCGACUCGUUCAUAGCAACAGAAAGUGCCAUACCAUUACUCCUGGUAGCAUGCUCGCAGUUGAAGAGAUUGCAGAGGUCGAGUUUGGUCUAACUGAAGACAUGAUGGCAGAGAACGCGGGCCGAGGAAUUGCUGAAGUCGCACUCUCUGCGAUCAAUCCUGGUGGUCGACGUCUUGCUCGCGAUAAUCACAAUACCCGCCCAGUCAUCGUCAUUUUGGCAGGCAAUCAUCGGGGUGGUGCUAGAGCAAUUGCAGCGGCUCGACAUUUGCUCAUGCGGGGACCUAAAGUCAUUGUGGCCUUGCUUGGCUAUGAGCGAAGUGCAGACUGGGAUCGCGAUGUUAGGCGCCAAGUCAACAUCUUCAAGAAAUCCCAUGGGUUUGUUCGCGCAUGGCCCGAUAUCGAGGACAACUUAAAGCGGCAGCAAGCCCCGCCAGAACUCAUUAUCGACGCGCUUCUCGGACGGCACAAAGAGUUCGACGCGCUUGGAGACGAGGACAGGCGGACCGUUCUUACCGUCGUGGGCUGGGCAAAUAAGUCUCGUGCAGCUGUUCUCGCCGUUGAAACCCCGUCUGGAGUUGGCGGUUCCACGGGCGAGGUGGCUAUCUUGGAGGGCGAGCCACUCGAAAUCCGAGCAAAACACAUUGUGUGUCUCGGUUUGCCUAGGACUGGUCUACUCAAAGCUCUGCAGAAUGGAGCAGGACGAGACCCACAAUGGUUGAUCUGGGUUGUCGAUAUCGGGGUCAAUCAACCUUGGAAAACUGCUGGUGGCGGUGGAAAAAUGGUCAAGUUUGGCGAGAAUUGGGUUGUGCAAGUUCGCUUCUCGGAAGAGAUUGAGAAUGAUGCGAUGGGGGACGGGUUUUCUACAAAAGCGCAGCACGGGAUGUGCUAA